AUGCGAAAGAUCCCAAGACACGUGAACGCCACUACAUCGACGGCUACGACAACGCCGACCACAACCACCACUUCAUCGCCAGCCACACAUUCGAAUUUAACAACAUCUCAGCCGAACUGGUAUUUUAAAACUUCAACAUUCACAACACCGCCGACUACAACAACAAAAACACACAGUGCCACAAAUUUUUCUCUUCAUACUUCAACGCUUACAUCAUCAAUUCCAUCGUCAGAAUCGUCAGCCUCUGCAUCUGACGCAUCUUCAGACUUCACGAUUUUCAUGACGCCUCCAUACCAUGAAGCAAUUGUUGAUCUCGUCGUGCAUUUUAAGUGGGAGAAGUUGGUCUACAUCUAUGACACAGAACAAGGUUGGCUAGAAAGAAAGAAGCUGCAUGUAAUUGUACGUGUUUACACACGCCACCACAUCAUCCAGACGGAAGGUGUUCGACUGAAAGAUACAUGCAACAGCUAUCCACUUCUUCGUCAACUUGACAGAACCUUUGACCGUGACCUUAAAACGUUCGUCCUUGACCUUAGUUCUGUAGCUGCCGUGGAACAUCUGCUACAGCAGAUCAAACACGUAGGCAUGCACCGUCCCAACUACCACUACAUCAUCGCCGGCGUGCGGAUGGAUGAAAUCGACCUGAGGGAAUUUAAAUACGGGGGCGUCAAUUUCACUGGAUUCCGAUUGGUUGAUCCAAACGAAGGUCAAGUUCAACAGGCGCAACGUGAUUGGUCGACAGUCACACGGCCUGGAACUGACCAACCAAUAAAACUUGAGGCAUGGUUAACAAUGGACACUUUUGCGGUCAUCGUAUCAGCUUUGAGAAACCUCUUUGCCAGCAACUUAACUUUUUAUAAAGACACCUUCCGUAAGAACGAAAUCUUCGGUAUAUCAAGUUGUCGCCUGGAGCCCCCAUCUAAACCAUGGGAGUUGGGCAGAGUUGUCACCGAUGCACUUAAACAGGUUUCCUUGAACGGUUACACAGGACCGGUCAGCUUCAAUUCUCAAGGUCACCGAGUAAAUUUCAGGCUAGACGUUCUUGAAAUGACCUUCAACUCUGACGUCACAAAGGUAGGUACAUGGAAUGACAGUCAUCAACUGACGAUCUUUGAGCCAAAUAUAACAGGCUCGUCCAGAGGAAACAACCACACAAAAAUUCGCAUCACUUCUAUCAUUUCUCCACCCUACCUCAUGUACCGGGUUCGGCGUCCAGACGAACCGCCAUUAGUUGGCAACGAUCAGUUCGAAGGUUACUGCAAAGAGCUUGCUGACAAAAUCGCCGAAAUCGUUCGGUUCGAGUACACGCUCAGAUUGGUGGCAGACGAUAAGUACGGAGUGAAACUACCAAACGGAACUUACAACGGCAUGGUGGGCGAACUCACGAAUGAGGUGGCAGACCUAGCCAUCGCACCGCUGACCAUCACCUCCAUCAGAGAGGUGGUCAUCGACUUCAGCAAGCCCUUCAUGAUGCUGGGCAUCAGUGUGAUGAUCAGGAAACCGGACAAGCAGAAGCCAGGGGUACUCUCCUUCACGGAUCCACUGGAUUAUAAAAUCUGGCUUUGCGUCGUGCUCGCCUACAGUGGCGUCAGCUUCGUCCUCUUUGUCGUCAACAGCUUCAAACCGUACAACGACGACGCUGCCAAUGAUGAUGACGACGAUAGCAAUCAUUUUAAUUUACUCAACAGUCUGUGGUUCUCACUGAGUGCCUUCAUGCAACAAGGGUGCACGCUUUCUCCUAGAUCUGUAUCCGGUCGAGUGGCGGGUAGUAGCUGGUGGUUCUUCACGCUCAUCCUCAUCUCCACGUACACAGCCAACCUGGCAGCAUUUUUGACAGUUGAACGAAUGCUGACACCCAUCGAAUCUGCCAGUGACCUCCCGAAACAAAAUCAAAUCGCAUACGGGACAUUGGAUGCCGGCUCUACCAAGGAGUUCUUUAGCACGUCUGGAGUAACGGAGUACAAACAAAUAUGGGAGUACAUGCAGAAGAACAAGGAGGUGUACGUGAAGACAACAGAGGAAGGGGUAAAGAGGGUACGAGACUCCAAGGGCAAGUACGCAUUUCUGCUCGAAUCCACCAUGAAUGAUUACUACAACCAGAAGAAACCAUGCAACACGAUGAAGGUUGGACCUGACCUCGACACGAAGGGGUAUGGAGUGGCUACAAGGCUCAAUCAUUAUCUGAAGGAUCAAGUUGGAUUAGCAGUGCUGCAGUUGAAGGAGAAAGACGAGCUGCAGAGAUUGCAUAAGAAGUGGUGGUUCGACAAGGGAGAGUGUGCUGCUGAAUCUGAAAAGGUAGGUAGAUGUGGCACAUCACUGACCUUGAGUCACGUGGCAGGCAUAUUUUACAUUUUGGUCAGCGGUCUACUUUUCGCGUUAGUCGUCUGUCUGCUGGAAUUCACUUAUUACAAAAAGAAGAGGAAAACUAAGAAAAAAGUAUUUUCAUAG